AUGCGUGAGAAGAACCAGAAAGCGAUCACUAUCAAGCGCGAACGCGAAGAAGAGCGAGAAGGCAGUGAGGAUACCCUAGUUGGUGAUGAGGUCGAGUGGAUCGGCAGCCAGCCGGCACAUCCGAUUGUGAAGAGGAUACGUCGCAUCCCUGGUCCUGAUGAUGAGGUUGUGGCUCUGGAUGAUUGA